AUGGCAUCCUUCUCGAGAUUGCGACCCGCCUUGAAACGCGGUGCGGCCAGACUCGCCGCCCCUCAUGUCCAACACGUCCCUUUCCGACGAAGCCUCUACCUCGCGCCGCCAUACCUGCUCGACGACUACAUACCGCGUUACCAACUGUUGUCCUCGGUAGACGCCGCGAAGAAACGAUCCCUGGCCUACGCGCAUUUGCGCGAAUGUAACCUGUGUCCUCGGCUUUGCGGUGUCAACCGCUAUAAGACGACGGGUGUAUGCCUGAUAGGAGCCGAGACUGUGAAGGUGAAUACCAUCGCUCCUCAUUUUGGCGAGGAGCCCUGUUUCCAGGGACACAACGGAUCUGGAUCAGUUUUUUUCUCUGGGUGCAACCUGAGAUGCGUCUUCUGCCAGAACCACGACAUAGCCCACCAGCGCAAUGGUUUCGAUCUUACGCCCGAGGAGCUUGCCGAGUGGUUCAUGAAGCUGCAGGACGUGGGCCGGGUACACAACAUCAACCUCGUUACACCCGAGCAUGUCGCACCCCAGGUUUGCUUGGCCAUCCUGCACGCGCGUGAGCUCGGUCUGCACAUACCCAUCAUUUACAACACGUCGUCGUUUGAUUCGCUGGAGAGCAUCCAGUUAAUGGAUGGCCUGGUUGACAUUUACCUUCCCGACUUUAAGGUCUGGAGUGACAAGACAAGCAGGCGGUUGCUCAAGGCCGACGGCUACACAAAGGUGGCUAUGCAAAGCAUCAAGGCUAUGCACGACCAGGUCGGCGACCUCUGCUUCACCGCAGACGGUAUUGCCAAGAAGGGAGUGCUUGUGCGCCAUCUGGUCAUGCCGGGGAAAGAGGACGAGGGUAGGGAGAUCAUGAAAUGGCUUGCGGAAAAUGUGAGCAAAGACAUCAUGGUCCACAUUAUGGAACAGUAUUUCCCGAGAGCCCAUGUGGGUAAGGAGCGGCGUGGCCGUGCAGGUCAAGAUGUCGUUGAGCCAGGCGGUGCUGAAGCAUCGGCUUCGACCAAAAAAGACGUUAGAUAUUCAGACAUCACUCGUCCUGUAGACUUGAAUGAGGUAGCUUCAGUCAAGAAAGCCGCUGAAGAAGCUGGCCUUUGGAGGUUUGUCGAAGCAUCGAGGCAUGGCGGCUUCAACAUCUGA